AUUUAAUAGAGAAAAACAGAGGGACGGAGAAAUAAAAUUUCCAACGUGUGAGUCGAGAAUCUCUCGACAUUCGACCGAUUGGUUGUCUUCUAAGAAUCAAAAUUGUCCCCACAGGAAUGCGUCAUACAAAUUUCAGUUGUCGACGAGCAUCCGUGAGGUGAGGUAGACCUGGGAAAGAAGUUGAGGAGAGAAGAGGAAAGAAGCGAUCGGACGCUGAUCGCAUGAGUCGGUGAAAUAGGCGAAUUGGAUUUCAGAAUUUGAGAAAUCCUUCGUUCUUCGGUCACCGCGGUACUCCAGUGUCUGGCCAGUUUCAAAUGCGCAAACGGGCUCUUCUUGCUGGACCGUCUUUUUCUGUAGGUCUUGCACUCACGAAAUUUGCUGAAUCUCUCAUCAAGGAAGAAAAGAAGAACGAGCGGAAAAGAAAAAGGCAUCGGACGGCCGCUGAUGGUCCUGUUGUGAGAGACGGAGAUGAGAGGGAUGUCUUAGGAGGAGGUGACAGUGGAGGAGAGGGCUCUACAAACAGGGUACAGGCAAGGAAGAAACCGGUCGCUCUCGAUGAGGGUGAUAGUGAUGAUCGAUUGACGGAGACAACACCGUGGUUUGAACCUGGAAGUUCUUUGGACUUGGAGGAAGAUAGUGUUUCCGGAGCAGCUGAGAUAUGUCCAGAAUGGAGCUUGCCCACAGACACCUUGGUUGCCAUAAAGAUGAUGUGUGCACAAUUUCCCAAAAUCACUCAGAAUUCUGUUCGGCCCUUCGUGUUGAGGUCACAGUUGUACAGCAGUGUAAGCGAUCGGACGACUGCUGAUCGGGAACUGGAGGAGUUAAAGCAGCAGCAAGUAGUACGCAUUUUUAAACUCCAUUCCGGGAAGGAUGAUUUUGCCAUUAUGCUCAUAGAGGACUACAUAAAGCAGAUCGAAGGAGCAAAGCAGCGGAUAGAGUCCAAACGACCAGAAGAAGACUUAGCAGUAUUUGACUGGUUUCAAUCUCGCGUCAUAAAUGCGCACACUGGAGCCAGUAUAAGACAUUCACACCUGGUCAUGUUAUUGUCACAAGCGGGUGAUGUGCUGGACAAACAGAUAACUCUUCUUAUAAACUCCGGACUUCUGGUGAGGCAAUCGUCUGAUGAAACUACGUACUGGUUUGGUAUCCCUAGUAUUGGCCUACUUCUAAAGAGUCUAACACAGGGUCGUAAAGAACUUACGUCAUUUCUGGCACGUCGGAGGUAUAAAGAGAUGAUUCAAGCUGUACUGGAGAAGAAAAGGUUGAGAACCUCACAGUUCGACAUGAGGUUUCAUAUUCGCGACCUCCUUGGUUCUGGACAUAUAUACUCAAUAAGUACGCCAGUUGGCCCCUUGAUUAGACUUUCACAUGAUUAGAGCUCAUUACAGCAACACAUUCGUUCGACAUCCCUUGUGAAGGCACUUUAACAUUCGAUACCUCCAGAGAGCAGCCUACAAGUUCCCCAUGAAAUUGUGAACUGGCGCACUAUCUUAUCACUCUGCGUGUGAACCAUGUAAAAGUUUGUGCUGAAGGAUCAGAACAAACUCGUAGGAUUGUGGGCAGGACUGAUCUCUGAGGAAUAUCUUUCAUUCAUUAUAUUGGAUCUGCAUGUCUGGUGCUUAACAUCACCAUGAUCCAACAUGAAGUACCCUUGGACUUCAACGACAUUGUUCUAUAUUCAUUGAGUAACUAAAAUCACUCCAUCAUUGUUGGGAAAAGGGACGAGCUAGUUUGUAGCCUACCCAAAGCGGUAGAAAAGUCCUUUCAUGUGGUUGAAAUAAAUCAUGGAUGGAAUACAUCAGGCCAUUCUC